AUGCCCCCAAUUAAAGAGGUCGAAGAAGUUGAAAAAGUCAACAAAGUCAAAGAAAUCAAGGAAUUUAACGCAUCUGGCGCGCUUCUCUCAGGCGAAGAGCCUCUUACGGAUUCAGCGCCCUCUUCGAAAUCAAGUAAGGAGCUGCCCACAUCAAACUCUGCGUCAGAAUCAACUCCUGCGCCUGUUUCGAAUCCUGUACCUGUUCUGGAUCCUACGCCUACUUCAAAUUUGGCGUUUCCUGCUGAAUCUACGCCUUCCGCGUCAAAGCCUGUGGCUAAUUUCGUUAUUCAAGUCCGCAAGGAUAGCACUAUUCCACCUCAUUCUAUCAGCCAGGUCGCUCUCCGCCUUCAUUAUUCUGGUAAAGCUGACCUAACCCUUACGUCUACCUAUCCAGGAGUGCCAAAUAGAGUCAUUUCAGCUACUCAAAAGGCCAUUAUGUACGCAAAUCAGGACUCUACUCCACGGACUCUGAGGCGCAGCACGAUACUCGGCACAGCGUCCUUAAUCCGCGCCAGCAGUUUCGCGACCUUGGAUUCUGCUCCUGCUUCUGUUUCUGCUCUUGCUCCUGCUUGUGUGCCUGCUUCUGCUACUGCGCCUACAUCUGCUUCUGCUGCGGCAUUUGCUCAGGACUCUGCAGCCUCUUCGAAGUCAGAUACAGAGCUGCCUGCGCCAAGUCCUGCAACACUAUCGAAUCCGGCGUCGCCCUCUUUAGAGUCGAAUGCGGAGCUGCCUAUCUCGAAUGCUGAGUCUGUUCUGAACCCCAUGCCAGCUUCGAACUCCGCGCCUGCUUCGAAUUCUGUGCCUGCUUCGAAUUCCGUGCCUGCUUCGAAUUUUGUGCCUGCUUCGAAUUCCGUGCCUGCUUCGAAUUCCGUGCCUGCUUCAAAUUCCGUGCCUGCUUCGAAUUCUGCGCCCUCUUCCAUACCGAAUACAGAGCUGCCUGCGCCUUCAAAGCAUGCUACGCCCUCGAAUUCUGCGCUUCUGAAUCUUCCUCUAACGCUAAUUCAUAUCAGCAAGCACUAA